AUGACGGACGGAGACAACCCGGACGUAGAACCCGGGACGACCCUACCAGUCCCUCCAUCGUGUGAUGGCCGCAGCUCUGCCUCCGAUGAGGGAGAUCGCAACGCAAACUGGGAAGAGGUACACGAAGGCGCAGAUUUGUUUGCUUUAGGAGACAGCCCAGAUGAUCCUGCGAAAGGAGUGUCAGUUGAAAAACACAAUCUUUUAGAUGACCGUGACUCUGCCAACGAUGACAAGCGUUCCGAACAAGUUGGGCCUGAGACAACCUCUCCUUUGCACCAUGCAGCUUCGGGACAUGAGCGAUCUCUCACUGAGUCCGAGUCGAAAAUCCUUGACUCAAUAGUGAACCAAGCCAUGCUUGGUGCAACUUUGAAUGAUGGGUUGGAGCUUCCAUGGGAGAAAGGUAUCAUGGCUUGCAUCUUUGGUGAUGAACCCUUGGCCGCUGUGCCAAAGGUACCAACCCUUUCUCACAACAUGGAUGAUCGUUUACCUGACCGAGAGCAAAUGUUGGGCAACAACCUAGACCCACCAGCAAAGAGACAGAGGGUAUGCAACUCAACCCUCAGGAUGUAUGAGAGAGCAAUUCGGUUUAGGAACAAUCUGACUGAUCACGAGGCUGAUGAGGCGAAAUGGAACAGAGCCAUUGAGAAACUAUAUGCAGUGAUACUCUCAAGUCCGGGAGUUGUGCCCGAUGGCGUCAGAUUUCAGGAGGGCCACAUGGACAUCAACUUCAGGAAGCACCCAUUUCCUUUGGAUUCAGAAGAUGUGGCAGAGUACAUCUGGGAAAAACAUCAAGAUGGAAUGCCGUACAGUGCCAUGAUGAGCUUCUUGGAGGCAGCAAAUUUCGCAGUUCAUGUUUUGGGACUGCCUCUGAAACGACCCGAUGCACCUCUGGUCGCAGCUUUCACCAAGGGCAUCCUUGACACCGCUGCCAAAAAGCGCCCAGUGCGAAAGCAAGCAAGGCCCCUUCAGCUAGCAGAAAUUGUCCUCCUGGAAGAGAUGCUGAGCAACGAAGCCCUUGACAUUUUCGACAGAUAUGCAGCUGGUGCUUUUCUGUUUGCAGUGUACGCCAGAUGCAGGUGGUCAGAUUUGAGGAGUGUCCAUGGAUGUGAAAUUGAUGUCGAUUUUUCGAACGGCAGGCUUGUGGGCUUCAUUAGCUUCAGCACAUUUUCACGCAAAACUUCCUCACAAGUGGCGAAACACGGCCUUCCCAUGCCGCUCAUUGCACCAAUUUGGGGGCUUCGGAACCCACCGUGGGCCAUGACUUGGAAGAAGAUUGCCGAGGCAGUGUCCCUGGAUUUUGCAAAUUUUGGUCGAGGUGCUGUUUUACCUUCUCCAAACAAGGAAGGGAAGUGGAGCCAACGGAGUGUUACAUCCGAUGAAGCUUCUCGAUGGUUGGUGGAACUUUUGAAGCCGCAUUCAAGUGACUUGGAGGAUGUGUCCUCUCAUAGCUUAAAAGCUACGACCCUUUCAUGGCUUGCAAAAGCAGGGUGCGACCCACACCAUCGCACCAUUCUGGGGCAUCAUUCAUCAGGGAAAGGGUCUUUGGAGGUGUAUUCCAGAGACAUGCUGUCAGCGCCUUUGUGUACACUGGAAGAAAUGUUGCGGCAAAUCCGCAUUGGUGCUCUGCAUCCAGACCUGACCAGGUCGGGCCACCUGCAGCAACCCUCAAAGCCUGAUUGCAAAGACAUGCCAGUCGAACCUGAAGAAAACCAGCCAGAACAAGCCCCUGCAGAACAGGCAGAGAAGGCACCUUCGAGCUCCAGCUCCUCCAGUAGUUCCUCAACAAGCUCCAGCUCUGAUGCAGAAGGGAAUGAUGAAGAGCAGUGGCUCUCGCUGGGAAACGCCGAUCCGUGCGUGGAUCAUUCUGCAUGGGGAGAGUUCAAUAUGUACCAGCAUGAAGUCAGCAAAAUUGUGCAUGUGGAAGCCGACAGCGAAGCAUGCACGUUCAAAUGCGGCAUGAAAGCCACGGCUGAACACAAGCUGAUUAUGACCACAGCCUUCCUGGAAAUCAGAAAGUGCAAGCGUUUGAGCACCGAGGAAGUGGAAGCAAUAAUCACCAGCAAUGUGAAUUCGAUGGCCCAAAUGGCAUUUGCGAUUACACCACCUGGACAAAGACUUGCCGGACUGCGCCUCAAGGGCGACGAAGAGGUGGCUCACUCUUCAUAUGACCUGGCUUUCACUAUGCUGGAAAAAGACACCAUCACUUAUUUGCACCCUGAGAAAUUCGUGACCAGAAGGGCGGAACUGCUGCAGAAACGCCCCAUGAAACAGCUGGCUCUUGACCAGGACUCCCUUACAGUCCGUGAAAAGCUAAUUGAUAUGACGUGCAGCACGCGCACUGAACUCGAGCUUGUACAAGCCUUUCGGAGAAGAGCUUUGGCCUUUGACCUUGUGGGCCUUGCCGCUUACGAGCUGAUGAAUUCAUAUCAUGCAGAGCUUUUAAGCCACAUGCAAGAGGACCCGCCACCUGGGUACACACAAGUGUCUGUGACACAGGUCCUGAGGGCCGACAGAGCCGUCUUUCUGCAUUUGGCAGAAAACAUGACAACACUCAAACGCAAUGUGGAUGGUGAACUGCCCUUUGAAAAGGAGUUAAUGCCAGCUUUGGCGCGACCCAAUGUCAGCUUUCACUUGCUACCAUUGGCGGCAAGCGCACCUGCUAGGCCGGCUCCAAAAGCCAAUCCAAACAAUGCAAACAAACGCAAACAUGACGAACAGCCCAAGCCUGCUGCAGCACAUCCCAAGAGCACUCCACGCGCCAAAGGCAAGGGCAAAGGAAAGUCCAAGAGGAAAGGCCGGGGCCCAAACGUCCCCAAGGAGUUAGUCGGCAAAGCUUUGGAGACCAAUGACGGGCACAGAAUCUGCUGGCCGUUCAACAUGCAGAGUGGUUGCCAAGAUGCGGCCCCGGGCGGACAAUGCCAAAGAGGGGCCCAUGUCUGUGCUGAGCCAGGCUGCGGCAAGCCACACAGCUUGCUCAGCCACAAAACUGCCUGA